AUGUUGAAGGAACCCUCCGUUCGGUUGCGGGAGGCUAUUGUUGAAGGCAAUUUACUUAUAGUGAAGAGACUGUUGCGACGGAAUCCGGAUUUGCUAACUAACAUCGACUCAGAGAACGGAUGGAGCUCAUUACAUUACGCCUCGUAUCAUGGAAGGUACCUUAUAUGCGUGUAUUUAAUUCAGCUGGGACACGACAAGCAUGAGUUAAUAAAAACUUUUAAAGGGAAUACAUGUGUGCAUUUGGCGUUAAUGAAGGGUCACGAGCAAACUUUACAUUUACUUUUGCAACAAUUUCCGCGAUUUAUCAACCAUCGCGGGGAGAAUGGUAGGGCCCCCAUCCAUAUAGCAUGUAUGAACGAUUAUUAUCAAUGUCUGAGUUUGUUGAUAGGGGUCGGUGCUGAUUUGUGGGUGAUGGACUUCAAUGGCGAUACGCCGCUGCAUGUAUGCCUGGAAUAUGGCAGUAUAAGUUGCAUGAAGAUGCUCCUCAACGAAAGUGAAGUGUCCUUGGACGAUAAUGUCAGGGAUAAAGGCAAUUGGAGACCAAUAGACGUGGCACAAACGUUUGAAGUGGGUAAUAUAUAUUCAAAAGUGUUAAAAGAAGUAAAAAAGAAGGGGCCACCACUGGGCGCUGGCAAGAAACCAAGUUCAUUCAGGACUCCUAUACUAAAUGCAAAGGCCACUUUUGAGGACGGGCCUUCCCCAGUUUUAAGCAUGAAUUCUCCAUAUUCACUCUAUUCUAAUAAUAGUCCCCUGCCGGUAUUACCAAGAAGAGUAUCAACGCAUACAGCUAACAAUAACAGUGGGAAUCGGAGGAGCUCCAUUACAAAUCCGGUAUUUAACCCACGAAAACCGACUUUAUCGACGGACAGUUUUUCGUCGAGCUCAAAUUCCAGCUCAAGACUAAGAGUGAACUCUAUAAACGUAAAGACUCCAGUGGGUGUGUCGCCCAAGAAAGAGCAGGCACCUCAAUCAGUACGACACAGCGCAACACCAACAAGUCCGCACAAUAACAUCGCGUUGAUUAAUAGAUACUUGUUGCCUAACAAGAGCAAUGAUAACGUGAGAACAGACUCACAGACAUCAACAAUCAAUGACGACGGCGGUGGUGGCACGGGCGGCAUUGGCGGCAAUAGCGCUGACGUCACUAUAGGAAUGGGACUAAGAGAGAUCCCGAAUGACGAGAACGAGAACAAGUACAAGAUCAAGGCAAACAAUGGCGAACCACGAAGACGAGUGUCGCUUCUGAACAUACCCAUCUCAAAAUUAAGAAACAGCAGUAAUGUGAGUUCAGAAGAGUGA